AUGUCUACCCCGGUCUCCCCUUCCCCCUCGCUCUCCCCGUUGACACUGUCCUCCCCUACAUCAGCCGCCUCCCCCGGUGCUUCCCCUUUGCCCUCGCCCCUCUCCCCUCCACCCAGAGUGCCCGUGUUCCAGAGGAAGGGAGCGCUCAAACACAAGAGGAUCGUGGAGGUGAAAGACCACCAGUUCACGGCACGCUUCUUCAAACAGCCCACCUUCUGCAGCCACUGCACCGACUUCAUCUGGGGCAUUGGCAAACAGGGAUUCCAGUGUCAAGUGUGCAGUUUUGUGGUGCACAAGCGAUGCCACGAGUUUGUGACCUUCACGUGUCCGGGCUCCAUCGCGCCCCCCAGACCAGAAGACCUAAAGAGUCAGCACACAUUUAAGAUCCAGACCUACUCCAGUCCGACCUUCUGUGACCACUGCGGCUCGCUGCUGUACGGCCUCAUACACCAGGGCAUGAAAUGCACCUGUUGUGACAUGAACGUCCAUCGGCGAUGUGAGACAAGUGUUCCCAGCCUGUGCGGUCAGGACCACACAGAGAAGAGAGGAAGAAUCCAACUGACAGUCAGAGGAGAGAAGGAGGACGUCUAUGUCACAGUCCUGGAGGCUCGUAACCUGAUGCCCAUGGAUCCUAAUGGCCUGUCGGACCCCUAUGUUAAACUGAAAUUGAUUCCGGACCCGAGGAGCCACAGCAAACAGAAGACCAAGACCAUUCGUUCCACACUCAAUCCCGUCUGGAAUGAGAGUUUCACUUUCUCAGUGCGUGGUCACCAGUGGGACAGGCGACUGUCAGUGGAGGUCUGGGACUGGGACCGCACGUCCAGGAACGAUUUCAUGGGGGCGCUGUCGUUCGGGGUGAGUGAGAUCUUCAGGCGUCCCAUCAGCGGCUGGUUCAAACUGCUGGCCCAGGAUGAGGGAGAGUACUACAACAUCCCGGUGCCAGACCCGGACCUGCAGGUAGGACCCACUGCCCCUCCCUCCUCCGUUACGCGGUGUCUCCACCAGGUACCUGCCCCGCUGUCUGAACCCUUCCCUACGGCCCUGUCCCCGACCCCUGUCUCGCCCUGUCCACCCGUCCACAGCCCCCUCCCCAGCAUAGUCAAAGUGGGCAUCAACGACUUUAACUUCCUCAUGGUGCUGGGCAAAGGCAGCUUUGGCAAGGUGCUGCUGGCGGAGGAGAGAGGCAGCGAGCGUCUGUUCGCGGUCAAAGUGUUGAAGAAGGACGUCCUCUUCCAGGACGAGGACACGGAGAGCGCCCUGGUGGAGCGGAGGGUCCUGGCGCUCUCCUCUCGCCCUCACUUCCUCACGUCGCUCUACUGCGCCUUCCAGAGUGAGGAGCGCCUGUAUUACGUGAUGGAAUAUGUCAACGGAGGAGACCUGAUGUUCCACAUUCAGAUAGUUGGCAAGUUCAAAGAGCCUCAUGCAGCGUUCUAUGCAGCAGAGAUCGCGGUGGGCCUCUUCUACCUCCACAGCAAAGGCAUCAUCUACAGGGAUCUGAAGCUGGAUAAUGUGCUGCUGGACAGCGAGGGCCACAUAAAGAUAGCCGACUUCGGGAUGUGCAGGGAGGGCAUGUUCGAGGGCGACACCACUCGCACCUUCUGCGGCACCCCUGAUUACAUCGCCCCCGAGAUCGUGGCAUACCAGCCCUAUGAUAAGUCGGUGGACUGGUGGUCUUUUGGAGUGCUGCUGUAUGAAAUGCUGGCAGGACAGCCCCCGUUUGAUGGUAUCGAUGAGGAGGAGCUGUUUCAGUCCAUCAUGGAGCAGAACGUGUCUUACCCCAAGACUCUCACCCGUGAAGCUGUUGCCAUCUGCAAGGGACUCCUGACGAAGCACCCGGCGAAGCGUCUGGGCGGAGGAGAGGACGCAGAGAGAGAGAUUAGGGAGCAUCCGUUCUUCCGCUGGAUUGACUGGGACCGUCUGGAGAGACUGGAGAUACCGCCGCCCUUCAAACCCAGAACUGGCGGAAAAAAAGGUGAAAACUUCGACAAGUUCUUCACUGCAGCUCCGUCGGUGCUCACUCCCUCCGACCCGGACAUAAUGGAAGCCAUCAACCAGGAUGACUUCGAAGGCUUCUCCUUCCUCAACCCAGACUUUGCCCCCUCGCCUCUCACCGCUGUUUGA